AUGGCACAUGUCACACUAUUUGGGCCCAAGCAUUGGACAUCGAACAUCGAACUGGCCCGGAUGCAACGUCAUCCGGUGCCAAACUUCCAUGCAUGCAGUCUGCUCUCGGACGUCUGGGGACCUCUGGCGCUGUGCGAAGCUCCCCGCGUCUGGACGAAGCAACGGCGCUCGGCUCGGACCCUCCGGGCCGUGGAGGGAACUCGACGCGGACGGCGCGUCGUCGUGGGGAGCUUGACUGGACUCCUCGUCGGAAGAACCGCGGCACGCAGAGCGAGGGCGAGGACUCGGUUGAGCAAGGUGAAGAUUCCUUUGCAUUGGGAAGCAGGUGGCUUCUACCUUUACUUCACUUUGAGUGGUGAACGCAAAAGCAAAGAGAAUCAGAAAAGGAUCUAUGCUGUCGCGGAUACAGGCUCCCCCUUUUGUUUGGUUGCGAGGUGUCUCCGGAAGGAUUGCCCCAGCUACUGCGCGGAGGUGGGUUGCUUUGAGGGGGAAGGCAAGCCAAGUGGCGAUCCAGAUAGCUGGGAGGGCUAUGCGUCUGGAGUGGUGGAGAUUCAAUGGCGAUCAGAUGGGCAAGUGAGUUUUCCUGAAGCGGAAGAGUCCUGGUCGAUGAAGUCCAUCGGCUUCGGGGUGCAGGGCCGCGUCAUUGGCUUCGGAGGGACGGGCAAGGCGGUCUUCUUCGGACUCAUCCGCGAUCACCAAGCUGGCAUGAAACAGUCCUUCCUGGAGCAAACGCCCUUCCGCUUCCUCACCAUCGACCUCCGCGUUCCGGGCCGCGAAGUUCUCACGCUGGACACGUUCGGAACCGCGGGAAGCUCGGCGGACGAGCGAGUGCGGCUGGUGGAUCCCAGGAGAUGGGGCGACCCAGUGAAGCAUUACUGCGCCUUGGCCACGCUUCGUAUUGGGGGUCAGGUGCUUUGUGCAGAAGCAACUCGAAAGGUGCUGGUUCUCGUGGACACAGGAACCACUGGAGCCUCAAUGACUGCCCCUUUGUACGAUGCCUAUCUUCUUCUUGCGCGCGAGAAUGCCCAACGGGGCUCUUCGUGGUCAAGUGCCAGGCAGAUCGAGGUGGUCUUUGACGAUUCUAACGUGUCCUUUCAGAUGUAUGUGGGCAAGCAUCCUACGUAUGGACUUGGGCUCGACCUCGUCACGCCCAUCAAUGAGAUGGCAUGGGCACCCACCUCGGUGGCUGACAAGCCUUACGAGGAUGUGAUGCUGAUGGGUUUGGGCUUUUUAGUGGGGACGCGCAUUCAAGUGGAUACGCAGAGGGAUGAAUUGAUUGUGACACGCGAUCAGAAAAAUGGGAAAAGGCGCGGGAAAUAG